AUGCCCACUGGGGGAGGCAAGAGCCUCGUCUUUCAACUACCAGCGGUCCUCAAUCACGAGCUCGAGGGGCAGGUCACAGUCGUCGUCAUGCCCCUUGUGUCCCUCAUAAGCGACCAAGAAGAGCAGAUGCGAGAGCUUGGCAUCAGCGUUACAGUUCUAAAGGGUGGCGGCCCCCGAGACCAACAACUCAGUGAGUUUUAUCGAAUAGUCCAUUUUCGAUCUCAGCGUAGCAGCCUCUUACCAGUCUUCGUGACACCCGAGAAGUUGGCAGAAUCUACUCGAGUGGCGAACAUACUGAAGCGACUCCGAAAGAACGGGCAGCUAGCUCGGUUCAUCAUCGACGAAGCUCAUUGUGUCUCCCAGUGGGGGCACGACUUCCGUUCUAGCUAUUUGAAACUGAAAAAUCUGAAGGCAGCGUUCGACGAUGUCCCCAUCACAGCUCUUACCGCCACUGCAACGCCGGGCAUCGCUCAAGACGUACAAGCUCAGCUCAGGAUGACCAACACGGUCUUCAUUAAAGGCGGCAUAAACCGAGCCAAUUUAGCAUACAGGGUGAUGAAGAAAAGCCGCAGCCGAGUACUGAAUGAUAUACUGCAGCUUAUCAAGGACAUGAACGGAGAAGUGCAGGGGAAGGCCUCUGGUAUUGUUUACUGCGGCACCAAGGUCGAAUGCGAGACCGUUGCAGAUGGACUCAAGAAUCUCGGAGUUACCGCAGGCUUCUAUCACGCUUCGAUGGACACCGACGACAGAACAGACAUUCAACGGCGAUGGAUGGCUGAUAAGAUCCAGGUAAUCGUAGCUACCAUUGCAUUCGGCAUGGGCAUCAAUAAACCUGAUGUGCGCUUUGUCAUCCACUAUGGUCUCUCCAAGACAAUGGAAGGAUACUAUCAGGAGAGUGGCAGGGCUGGCCGUGAUGGGUAUCCUAGUCUAGCAGUACUCUUCUACGACUAUCAAGACAAAGUUAAACAAGAUGUUAUGAUACGGACUAAUGUGACUACGAGGAACAGUGCUGCAGCUGACCAAGCAGAGAAGAAGAUAGACAGUUUAUUGUCCGUGGUUGAAUACUGCGAGAAUCGCUCCCUCUGUCGAAGGAAACUCAUAGCCCAGUAA